AUGGAGGACAUUAUCAUGGAUGCAGAAUUCCAAGUACAGCAGGGAAAUUUCAUGGACAAAUACUACCAGCAAUUUAAAAACACGGAAGAGAAUAAACUCACCUACAUGGCAAUUUUUAAUAAAAACCUUUCUUUCAUAGAAAAGUAUAUUGAAAAUCAGCUCCUGGAGCGGAUACCCGGAUACAACAUGGCAAUUUUCACCGCAACGUUAAAGCACCAUAAUGAUGAAGCGGUUCAUGACAUAGUCAACAUGCUCACAUUCACAGACUUUCUGGCAUUUAAAGAGAUGUUUCCACAGUAUAGAGCAGAAAAAGAAGGCCGACGACUGUAUUUAUGCAGUGGUUUGGCGGUGACUUCCUUGUGCAAGUUAGCUUCCCAGAACAACACGCAGCAGUACCUCCUCCGUCCAGGCAGUGGAAGCUUGAUAUCAUGA